GAGGCUUAUGAUUGGACAAAGUAGAAGUUUAUGCUUGCUUCCGGUCCGCGAGCUCCGAGAGCUAACUUGGGGUCUUUACCCAAGGUGGAUGUAGAAGCGGGCGCCGGCCUCCCACUCUCCCUUCCAUAUGGGCUUAGCGUUUGGGUCACUGAGAACGACGUCUGAAUAGGGUCCUGGGUCCUUGCCAUGGAUGAAGGUGGUUCCCGCAUCCGCCGGCGGGUGUCUCUCCCCAAAAGGAACCGUCCAAGCCUAGGGUGUAUUUUUGGUGCUCCCACCGCGGCCGAGCUCGAGCCCGGAGAUGAGGGGAAAGAGGAGGAGGAAAUGGUGGCUGAGAACAGGAGGCGGAAAACCGCGGGCGUACUGCCGGUCGAGGUACAGCCCCUUCUACUCUCAGAUUCCCCCGAAUGUCUCGUCCUUGGAGGUGGUGAUACAAACCCGGACCUCCUACGUCGCAUGCCCACUGACAGAGGGGUGGGAGACCAGCAUAAUGACAGUGAAGUGGACAUGUUUGGUGACUAUGAUAGCUUUACUGAAAACUCCUUUAUAGCUCAAGUUGACGACCUGGAACAAAAAUAUAUGCAACUCCCUGAACAUAAGAAACAUGCUACAGACUUUGCCACUGAAAAUCUUUGCUCGGAAAGUAUCAAGAACAAACUCAGCAUUACUACCAUAGGCAACCUUACUGAAUUACAAACUGAUAAGCACACAGAGAACCAGAGUGGAUAUGAAGGUGUCACUAUUGAACCUGGAGCUGAUCUUUUGUAUGAUGUACCUUCCUCACAGGCUCUAUACUUUGAAAAUUUGCAGAACUCUUCAAAUGAUUUGGGUGAUCAUUCUAUGAAAGAAAGGGAUUGGAAGUCAUCCUCUCACAACACUGUGAAUGAGGAACUGCCCCAUAAUUGCAUAGAGCAACUCCAGCAAAAUGAUGAGUCCUCUUCCAAAGUCAGAACUAGUUCAGAUAUGAAUAGGAGAAAAAGUAUUAAAGAUCAUCUAAAAAGUGCCAUGACUGGAAAUGCCAAGGCCCAGACACCAAUAUUUUCUAGAAGUAAACAGCUCAAAGACACUCUCCUAUCUGAGGAAAUUAAUGUUGCUAAGAAAACAAUUGAGUCAUCAUCAAAUGACCUUGGUCCUUUUUAUUCAUUACCCAGCAAAGUGAGAGACCUUUAUGCCCAGUUCAAGGGAAUUGAAAAAUUAUAUGAAUGGCAACAUACUUGUUUAACAUUGAAUUCUGUGCAAGAAAGAAAAAAUUUAAUAUAUUCCUUGCCAACAAGUGGUGGAAAAACCCUCGUGGCUGAGAUUUUAAUGCUGCAAGAACUACUUUGCUGUCGGAAAGAUGUUUUAAUGAUUCUUCCAUAUGUGGCAAUUGUCCAAGAAAAGAUUUCAGGUUUGUCCAGUUUUGGUAUAGAACUCGGUUUCUUUGUUGAAGAAUAUGCUGGAAGCAAAGGAAGAUUUCCUCCAACUAAAAGAAGGGAAAAGAAAUCACUCUAUAUUGCCACGAUUGAAAAAGGACAUAGCUUGGUGAACUCUUUGAUUGAAACUGGAAGAAUUGACAGUCUGGGUCUGGUUGUUGUAGACGAGUUGCACAUGAUUGGUGAAGGAAGCCGUGGAGCUACACUGGAAAUGACCCUAGCAAAAAUCCUCUACACUAGCAAAACAACUCAAAUUAUUGGUAUGAGUGCAACAUUAAACAAUGUUGAAGACCUACAAAAGUUUCUUCAAGCAGAAUAUUAUACCAGUCAAUUUAGACCAGUUGAGUUAAAAGAAUAUCUGAAAAUAAAUGAUACAAUAUAUGAAGUUGACAGCAAAGCUGAGAAUGGCAUGACUUUUUCACGUCUCCUUAAUUAUAAGUAUUCUGAUACUCUAAAAAAGAUGGAUCCUGAUCACUUGGUAGCAUUGGUGACAGAAGUUAUUCCCAAUUAUUCCUGCUUAGUUUUUUGUCCUAGUAAGAAGAACUGUGAAAAUGUAGCAGAAAUGAUAUGCAAAUUUUUAAGCAAGGAAUAUCUGAAACACAAGGAGAAAGAAAAAUGUGAGAUGAUUAAGAACUUGAAGAAUAUUGGCAAUGGCAAUCUGUGUCCUGUUUUAAAGCGCACUAUCCCAUUUGGAGUUGCCUAUCACCAUAGUGGCUUAACAAGUGAUGAAAGGAAACUCUUGGAGGAGGCCUACUCCACAGGAGUGCUCUGUCUUUUUACCUGUACAUCUACCUUAGCAGCAGGUGUCAACCUACCAGCUCGAAGAGUUAUUUUAAGAGCUCCCUAUGUUGCUAAGGAAUUUUUAAAGAGGAAUCAAUAUAAACAGAUGAUUGGCAGAGCUGGUCGUGCUGGAAUAGAUACUAUUGGGGAGAGUAUCCUCAUAUUGCAAGAAAAAGACAAACAACAGGUAUUGGAGUUAAUAACUAAACCAUUGGAAAACUGUUACAGCCAUCUUGUUCAGGAAUUCACCAAGGGAAUCCAAACAUUAUUUCUCUCUUUGAUUGGUUUGAAGAUUGCAACAAAUCUUGAUGACAUCUGUCACUUCAUGAAUGGUACAUUUUUUGGUGUUCAGCAAAAGAUUUUAUUGAAAGAAAAAAGUCUCUGGGAAAUAACUGUUGAAUCACUUAGAUACCUGACAGAAAAAGGACUCCUACAAAAAGACACUAUUUAUAAGUCUGAAGAAGAGGUCCAAUAUAAUUUUCAUAUUACAAAGUUGGGACGUGCUUCAUUUAAGGGAACUAUAGAUUUAGCUUAUUGUGACAUUCUCUACAGAGACUUGAAGAAAGGUCUUGAAGGACUUGUGCUUGAAAGCCUUCUUCAUCUAAUCUACCUAACAACCCCCUAUGAUCUGGUUUCACAGUGUAACCCUGAUUGGAUGAUAUACUUCAGGCAGUUCAGCCAACUCAGUCCAGCAGAACAAAAUGUAGCUGCCAUUCUUGGAGUCUCUGAAAGCUUUAUUGGGAAGAAAGCAUCAGGCCAAGCCAUCAGAAAGAAGGUGGACAAGGACGUUGUCAACAGGCUAUAUCUGUCUUUUGUUCUUUAUACCUUGCUCAAAGAGACCAACAUUUGGACUGUAUCUGAAAAAUUUAAUAUGCCUCGAGGAUAUAUACAAAAUCUUCUCACUGGAGCUGCCUCAUUCUCAUCUUGUGUGUUACAUUUCUGUGAGGAGCUUGAGGAGUUUUGGGUUUACAGAGCCCUUUUGGUAGAACUUACCAAGAAGCUGACUUACUGUGUAAAGGCAGAAUUAAUCCCUCUCAUGGAAGUUACUGGAGUUUUAGAGGGUCGAGCAAAACAGUUAUACAGUGCAGGUUACAAAAGUCUAAUGCACUUAGCUAAUGCAAAUCCUGAAGUGCUCGUAAGGACAAUUGAUCAUUUAUCAAGACGCCAAGCCAAGCAAAUUGUUUCAUCAGCAAAGAUGCUGUUGCAUGAAAAAGCAGAGGCCCUGCAAGAAGAGGUAGAAGAGCUGCUAAGAUUGCCUUCUGAUCUCCCUGGUGCUGUGGCUUCUUCCACUGACAAAGCAUGAAGCUAUCUGAUGAGCAUUUUCACGAGCACGGAGUUUCCCUCUUAUUGCCCAGGCUAGAGUGCAAUGGCGCGAUCAUGGCUCACCGCAAACCUCCGCCUCCCAGGUUCAAGCCAUUCUGCCUCAGCCUCCCUAGUAGGUGGGAUUACAGGCAUGCGCCACCACGCCCGGCUAAUUUUGUAUUUUUAGUAGAGAUGGGGUUUCUCCAUGUUGGUCAGGCUGGUCUCGAACUCCCGACCUCAGGUGAUCCGUCUGCCAUGGCCUUCCAAAGUGCUGGGAUUACAGGCGUGAGCCACCGCGCCUGGCCUUAUUUUCUUUUUUAUGAGACAGAGUCUCGCUCUGUUGCCCGGGCUGGAGUGCAGUGGUGCAAUCUCGGCUCACUGCAGCCUCCAACUCCCGGGUUCAAGCGAUUCUCCUGCCUCAGCCUCCCCAGUCACUGGGACUACAGGCAUGUGCCACCACGCCUGGCUAAUUUUUGUAUUUUUAGUAGAGACAGGGUUUCACCAUGUUGUCUAGAAUGGUCUCUAACUCCUCACCUCAGGUGAUCCGCCCACUUCAGCCUCCCGAAGUGCUGGGAUUACAGGCGUGAGCCACUGCACUCAGCCAGAAGUGUAUAUUUUCUUUUGUUACACUCAAUGACAAUAAUAAGGGUGACAAUAAACUACCAUUUAUUGAAGGUUUGCCAAGUGCCGGCACUAUGAUGAACACUUUCAUGCUUUGUCUAGAUGAUUCCUUGCAGCCAUCUGAGAUGCUGUUUUUUACCUCACAUUACCAAUGUGGAAAGUGUGGCUUGCCAGGAUCACCCCAUUAUCAAGUGACAGAGCCUAGACUCAUCCCUGAUCACACUGAUAAUUCUGUUUUUGAUUGUGUUCAUUUGCAGCGCAAGCUACUCUACAUGUGUUUGGAAAGGAAUGGAUCAAGAUGGCAGACUGAGCAUAUGUGUUUGCCCUUCCUCUUGCCUAAAAUCCCAUGAAAUGAUUUAAAAUAGAGAUUUGGGCCAGGUGCAGUGGCUCACGCCUGUAAUCGCAGUACUUUGGGAGGCUGAAGUGGGUGGAUCACUGGAGGUCAGGAGUUUGAGACCAGCCUGGCCAACACGGUGAAACCCUUUCUCUAAUAAAAAUACAAAAAUUAGCCGGGUGUGGUAGUGGACGCCUGUAAUCCCAGCCACUUGGGUGUCUGAGGCAGGAGAAUCACUUGAACCCUGGAAGCAGAGGUUGAAGUGAGCCAAGAUCACGCCAUUGUACUCUAGCCUGGGCAACAGAGCAAAACUCCAUCUCAAAAUAAAAAAUAAAUAAAUAAAAUAGAGAUUUGAAAAUAGCCCAAGUAUAUAAUAGCACAGAAAAACAGUGAAGACUGGCACUAACACAUAGGGUCACAAAGAUUAAAAAGCCAAAUGGAGCAUCCUAGGCCAGCAGGCUUUUCCUGCUCCCUCACUGUUGCAGAAUAGUACACACUAGUGGCAUUUCCUACAAAGGUAAAACAGUAUCCCACAGGAUCCAGCAAGGAGUGAAAGAUAGAAGAUAAUCCACACACCUACAAGAAAAGCUACUGGCUCAAACCCUCAGCGUGUUACCACAAUCUGGUAACAGAAAAAGCAGAAAACAAGGAUUCUCACGUACUAAGUUGCUCAGAGAACCAAGAAUGCCAAAUGUUUAUGAGUAAAGUCAACAUCAUAAAAUAGAGACAGCAAUUCAGCGAACAGAAGAAUUACAAUCUCAGGAGGCAAUUAAUAAGCAACGGAUCAAGAUUUUAGAAAACCAUAAUUAAUAUUUUAGGGUAGAUGCCUAGAUAGAAGGCAAAGGUCAAAUUAUCAUAUCAGAAGUUAAUAUUUUGAUCAAAAUGAAAAACUCAAUAGCUGGCUGGGCACAGUGGCUCACAUCUGUAAUCCCAGCACUUUGGGAGGCAAAGGUGGGCAGAUUGCUUGAGUCCAGGAGUUUGAGACCAGCCUGGCCAACAUGGUGAAACCCCAUCUCUACUAAAAAUACAAAAAAAAAAAAAAAAAUUAGCCAGGCAUGAUGGUGCAUGCCUGUAAUCCUAGCUACUCAGGUGGCUGAGACAGGAGAAUCACUUAAACCCAGGAGGUGGAGGUUGCAGAUAGCAGGAAUAGUCAGACCUGGAGAGCCAAUUAGUGAUUUCCAAGUUUGAGUUGAAGAAUCUUUCUGAGCUGCAUAACCAUAGAACAAAAAAAUUGCUAACUAUGAAAGAAAACAAUGAAAGGUAUGGAGGAGAGAUUCAGACAUCUGUAUGUCUAAAAAGCAUACCAGAGGAAGAGAACAAAUAAAUACAAGAUAAAUUUCCCUGGAGCUGAUGAAAAACAGAUUGAAAGGGCCCCACCAGGUCCUGACCAAUACCUAGACACAUGGCAAUGAAAAACCAGAACGCUCAGGAUAAAGCCUCUAGAGAGAAAAAAAUAAGAACAGAUUACAGUCCAAAGGAAUGAGAAUUCUAUUAAUACCUAUUUAUUGCUGUGCUGAAAGACAAUAAAGCCAUAUCUUCAGAGGUAUAGAGAAAAGACCCCAGUCAUCUAUGCCCAUCCUAGUGUAGAGAUAAAAUAAACACCUUGAGACAUGCAGGAAAUUACAGAAUUAAACAUUCUCUCUAAGACUUCAGGCUUUUUGUGAGAGAGAAUUAAACUAAUAUAUUUAAGCCAUUUAAAUUUUGGGGGGGGCACAACAGUUUAUCUUUUUUUCAAAGGAUGUAACCUAUUAGACCCCUGUGGCUUAUUCUUCAUUGACUGUAGAUGUCAACACAGAGAGAGCUAUUUUAGCACAAUUCUGAAAGAUCAGAUUCAAAGGAAAAUAUCUAAUUGGUGACUUCACCUUUCAUACCUAACCUGGAAUAGGAAUACAUCAGUCUCUUAGAAAGGUUCUGAUGUUAGUUUUGUAUCUCUGAAGCAGUCUUCACUCUCUAAAUACAAUGGAAAAUGUCCAGGUUGAAGCAAGGUCGAGAGAUAAAUUAUUACUUCUCUUCUACUUUUAAAACAUGUAGAUAGGUGUGAAGAUCACAAGAAAUGCAAUAUUGACAAGCAACAAUGAUUUUUUAAUGUUCCUCUUGUGAAAAUGUAGGAUCUAUCAGGAUAUUAUAUGAUAGAUUCACUCAAAUGUUCCUGAAAGACAUUAAUACAUAUGAAAAAGGACAGUGGGUUAAAGCUGUAUUGCACCAGACUAAAUAAAAUGAGUGGAUAGUUUUCUGAGAGCCAUACCCUCCAGACAGCUGGAAUAAUCACACCAAAAUAUUGGGCAAUUGUUUUCUGCCACCGACUGCACCCCAACCAAGGACUCUGCACUGCAUAGUACGGAGGUAUGAUCUGCCUUCCCCACUGAGUUGGUGGCUUUGAGCUCUCUGUUGUCCCUUAUGAUUAUGCUUAGAAUGUUCUAAAGCAAACUUGGAGGAGAAAACUGGUAUGAUGAAUUAGUGGGCUUCAUUUCCUUCAUUUUUCACUGUUAAAAUAGUCCUUCGAUCCUUGUCUUCAGAAGCUAUGGAAGUGGUAUGUGGCCACUUGAAGUACUUCUUGAAGAUGUGAUAAAUGUCUUUCAAGAGAACUACAGGUAGGCAAUAUAUAACAAUUUUGCUAUUCAGAAUAGGUAUUAUUCUGGAGGAAAUAACCGAAUUUUGCUUUAACUGAACCACAUGUAUUAGAUGAUCAAACUCCCCACCAAAACGAGGUAUCUGCACAUCGAUGGCAGCAAAGUUUUCAUCUAAGGUCUGUGCUCAAACGAGUGACCUAGCAGCACAAGUGAAUACACUGGUAGACUCUGGUGUUUAAAAUUCAGUACAUUGCCUGGGCACAGUGGCUCACGCCUGUAAUCCCAACACUUUAGAAGGCCAAGGCUGGAGGAUCGCUUGAGGCCAGGAGUUCAAGAUCAGCCUGGGCAACAUAGUGAGACCCCCUUCUCUACAAAAUAUAAGAGAAUUAGCUGGGUGUGCUGUUGCACACCUGCAGUCCCUGCUACUCAUGAGGCUGAGGCAGGAGGAUUGCUUGAGCCCAGGAGCUCGAUGUUGCAGUGGGCUGUGAUUGCACCACUGAACUCCAGCCUAGACAAUAAAGUGAGACCCUGUCUCCAGAAAUAAAAUAAAAUAGAAAGCUGUACAUUUUGCA